CUGCUGUUUAAGCCCGUACGUGGCAGUCACAGAGCCGUAGAGCGCAGCUGAAGCUGAAGCUGCUCAACUGUCCCGCAACAAUUCACACGCACAGGCCGACUUCGUGCGCUCCCGCUGGCUGUACUGUUUUAAUAUAGUCAGACGCACCGUGACGGUCGCUUUAUAUCAUUCACAUCAUGUUUACUCUGUCGGAACUCGUUGUCUUGCUGGUCGUCCUGACUGCUACCGCGUCCGGCUACUUCGUUAGCAUAGACGCCCAUGCCGAAGAGUGCUUCUACGAGCGGGUCAACUCCGGUACCAAGAUGGGCCUCAUGUUUGAGGUCGCCGAAGGAGGAUUCCUGGACAUCGAUGUCGAGAUCACAGGACCGGAUGGGAAGCAGAUUUAUAAAGGCGACAGAGAAUCCAGUGGCAAGUACUCUGUGGCAGCACACAUGGACGGAACCUACAAGUUCUGCUUCAGCAACAAGAUGUCAACCAUGACACCCAAGAUCGUCAUGUUCACCAUCGAUAUUGGAGAGGCACCGAAAGGCCAGGACAUGGAGACAGAAGCUCACCAAAACAAACUGGAGGAGAUGAUCAAUGAGCUGGCAGUCGCCAUGACGGCUGUAAAGCAUGAGCAGGAGUACAUGGAGGUUCGCGAGAGGAUACACAGAGCAAUCAACGACAACACAAACAGCAGAGUGGUGCUGUGGUCGUUCUUUGAGGCUCUGGUUCUGGUGGCGAUGACACUUGGACAAAUUUACUACCUGAAGAGAUUUUUCGAAGUACGGCGAGUGGUUUAGUGUGAUAACGUGAUCCCUCCAUCUCCACUGUUUCUUCAAUACCAAGACAAUUAUUUACACCCUGCAAAUGAGACUGGCAGUUUUACAUGAAGCCCACAUGUGAUUGGAUCUCAGAUGUUUUUCUUGUCCUGUUACCUAUUCAUUUCCUUCUGUAUAAAUGUAAUAAUGUAUGUUAGGAAGGAAUGGCCGACAAGUUAAUUUGGUUUUUUUCAAAAUUUUUUUUUGUCCAUUAUUCUUUGAUAACUCUAAUAAAUACCAAUUAGAUGCCAGUACAGUUUGGCCUGUAUGUAGUAGUGUUGGGCUCAUCAUUUUGAAGUCAGAUUGUGGAAGAAAGGCAUAGAAAUGCACAACAGUGGAUUUGCAUGUGUGGAGUUACCACAGGUGAAUGUGGCUCUUAUUUCGAUUUAAACUGGACACCUUUCAAAUGACAAACAUGAAACCAGAUUCCAUUUGCCCACUUGCAAGUUGCUAGAGUCCAAGCAAAGUCAGACAAUGUCCUGUAACGUUGUUUUACUACCAAACAAGAAAUUGCACUCCGGAUGAACGUGUUUAAAAAAUAAUUAAAAAAAAAAAACCUGAAGGAUUUACGUCUAUGCCGAUGUUUAAGUGAAACUGCAACGUUAAGCUCGGUCUGAUGGUUCAGCAGGAAAUCUUUUCAAUGGAAAACUUUCUUUGGGAAAGGGUUUGAAAACCCUGUGUCAACAGGCAAGUUUUUCUUCUGACCUAAAAGGUCACAAGUUGAUUUACUUUUCAGUCGUGUCAACUUUUAAACUUGGGCUUAUAACGAGCUGACACGGUGUUGAAUUUUAUCCAAACUGCUUGCGCUGCAACCCCAAAAUAAAGUGAAGAGGGAUACUGAAACACAUGUUACAUGUUGAUCGAGGCUGACUGGGUGGGGGUGGGGCGUUGAUGCUUAUUGACUGCUGUGUGCUUAAGUUGCUUCUAUUAUGGUUUGUUUGUUGGGGUUUGAGGUUUUAAAUUAUAAGAUUGUAUACAAUUUUGAAUAUUGUUUUUGUUUUGUUUUUUUCUGGAGCGUAUCCAGUGACAUGUGACUGUUUCAGUUGCCUCUUUAGAACUUCACAUCUAGCAAAUGGCCACAAUGUGGAAGAUGUUGCAUGUUGGUGGAUACGCUCCAGGUUUUUUUUAUUAAAAAAAUGGUGAGCUCAGGCAAGUGAACUGCUCUGUGCAAAGUCUUUUUUGUGUAAUUUCAACAAAACCUGAUUAAUGGAUCUGUACAAAUGUAGAAUCGUUAUCUGUGGAAAACGCCCCAGGUUUGAUAAUAAAGCCAAUAUUCUGUACAAUUA